CGAGAGUAUUAGGGAGUACAUUAAACUUUAGAGUAAAUUUCCAAAACGGGACCAAAACAUAGGAAAAGUGCUAGAAUAGGACUACUACUUUUCCGUAUGUUAUCGUAGGACCAAAACUAGGUUGGAAUGUCGAAAAUGCCCUGCAAAGCCUUUCAAGUUCGCAAGCUGCUAACUCUGCGAUGAAUACCGACUACAACAUAUCGGUGUUAGUUGGGUGGAGUGAGUGUCGGCGACGAUGAAUGGCGACCCUGCUACAUGAACAUGUGAGCUUCAUCUUUCUUCUUCUUCUUCUUCUUCUUCUUCUUCUUCUUCUCAUGCUCUGUUUUUUCUCUUCUUCCACCUUUCAUCCCUUUUCUUCUUCUCAUGCUCUGUUUUUCUCUUCUUCCACCUUUCAUCCCUUUUCUUCUUCUCAUGCUCUGUUUUUCUCUUCUUCCACCUUUCAUCCCUUUUCUUCUUCUUUUGAAAUUACAUUUUGUUAUAAAUUUUGAUUAUUUUAUUUAAACCAUUCUUAUUAUUUUUCUCAUGAUUUGAGUUUCAAAAUGCCAUAAUAGUUGUUUUAUUGAACACUAAGUUGAAAAUAAUGUCACUAUUGUGGCAUUACAAUAUGUAUCCUGGCAGUUUUACUUUAAAGGUUAAUUACAUUUUCAAAGAGUGAUAAUGACAAAUUGAUGACAUUUUCGGAACAAACAUGGCAUUUUUGAAGAGGUGAAGAAGGAGGAUCGACUGUCAGGUUUUUAGGUCUGUGAAUGCCAUCUUCAUGACAUUUCCUAUCAUUUUAAAAUGGUGAAGAAGGAGGAGUGUCUGUCAAUUUGUUUUGCGUUUGUAAAUGCCAUCAUCAUGACAUUUGAUGUCAUUCUUAAGAAGGUGAAGAAGGAGGAGCGACUACCAGGUUUUUUACUCUUGUAAAUGUCAUCUUCAUGACAUUUCAUGUCAUUUUGAGAACCAAAUUAAAAUGACAUUUUUUAAAAACAAAAGAACUAGAAGCAGAGCAGGCAGUGGAAGAAGAAGAAAGCGUAGAAGUAGGAAGAGCACUAUGAAGGACACUUGAAAUUCUGAAAUUAGUGUUGGUGCCCCAUCAUUACAAUUUGAAAUGUGAGUGUUGCAAUCGGAUCAAAGGGGAAGAGAGAAGAUGAAGUAAUGGCAGGGAAUGGUAGAGAUGUUUCCAAUUAAAUCAGAAAGGGGGGAAGAGGAUCGUGAAAUUUUCGAUUAAAAAAAAGAAACACAGAAGAAGUGAGGAGAGAGCAGAAGGAGAGAGAGAAAGAGAGUAACCUGGAAAUUUCUGAAGAAGAAGAAGAUGCAUAUACGGAGAUAAAGGAUACGAGCAGGAGAGAUCAAGGAGGGGCUUUAUCGACAUUAGAGAAACGGCGACAACUCAAAAUAGGAGCGGAUGACUCCUAUAAUGGGGAAAAAACAUGGGCUCUCAAAGACGGUGCAGGACGACUCAUUAUCUCUUCAUCAUAGGAGUGUACCACAAACCGAAGACCCCACAUCCAUAUCCAAACUCAUUUUCAACUAUCACAUCCAGACGGCAGAUGCUGAAAAAACCCAUGUCUUCUCCUUUGGGAAACAACCUGAGCUACCAUUGAACCAGGCUUACUCAGAUGCAUCCGAUGAUUUUGACCAUUCUGAUGACUCACUCUUUACAGAUGACUUCUUGGGACAUGCAAUCGAGAGCGAUCGGCGUCCUCCUAUCUCAUACCCAGAAGAAGUUUGGAAAUCCAAAUUCAAUACAGCGAUCUGCCGCAAAGCUACUUUCAUAACCUCAGAAAAUUGCCUGCCAACCGAAAAUUUGAACACGCAGCUAAAAAUCUACAGGAAAUCUCAAAAAAACAAAAGGCGCCACAACAUGACAACUAGGUAGCAGUCUAGAGAUUUCCCAUGGGAUUAGCUAUCUUGCUCUUUCAGUAAUGAUUUUUCUUUUAAUUUUGUACUUUUUUCUCUCUUUUUCGUUCUUGUACUUUUUUC